AUGAUCGAUGCAACUGCAGGUGGAGCUUUAAUGGGUAAAUCACCCAAAGAAGCUCAGAAUUUGAUAGAAGAAAUGGCAGCAAAUAACUACCAAUGGACCAAUGAGAGAGGUAAUACAAGACGUCACGCAGGAGAAUUACCUAGCAAAACGGAGGUAAAUCCUAAGGAGCAUGUCAAAGCAAUUACUCUUCGUAGUGGUAAGCAAUUAGAAGAUCCUCCAGUGGUGGAAGUUGAGAAUGAUGAGAAUGAAAAACAAGAAGAAAAGCAGAGGAACCAAGAGGCGAUAGUGGAAGAAAAUAGCCGGGAGAAACCAAGAGAAAAUCAACCAUCAUCUUCCGCUACCAUUCCAAUACCUCCUGCGAUUCCAUCUUAUGCAAAGUUUCUCAAGGAAAUCAUGACCAGAAAAAAGAAGUUGGAAGACUGCGAAACAAUAGCAUUAACGGAGAAGUGUAGUGCAAUUAUACAAAAUAAGUUACCACCGAAAUUGAAGGAUCCAGGAAGUUUCUCUAUACCUUGUACCAUAGGUAACAUUGAUUUUUCUAAAGCAUUGUGUGAUCUUGGUGCUAGUGUAUCAUUGAUUCCUCUAACAGAGGCAAGACAAUGGGGUUUGAAUGAGGUUAAACGCACUAAUAUUACUUUGCAACUAGUGGACAGGUCUAUUAGAUAUCCAUUGGGAGUGUUGGAGAAUGUAUUAAUAAAAGUUCAAAAAUUUAUCAUUCCAGUGGAUUUUGUGGUGUUAGAUAUGGAAGAAGAUGUAUAUAUGCCAAUUAUUCUUGAUAGACCAUUUUUAGCUACUGCAUGUACUAUUAUUGAUGUUAAAAAUGGCAAACUGAAGUUUCAAGCAGGUGAAGAAGAGGUAGAGUUUAAUUUGCAUGAAAUGGAAAAAUACCCUUCUUUUACAGAUCAUGUAUAUUCUAUUGGCACAAUUGAUAAACUAACUCAAGAAAUGAGCCAAGUCAAUUUUGACUUUGAUCCUCUUGAAUAUUGUUUAAUGAGUUUAGGUAAACAAGAAGGUGAUUGGGGAGAGAUUGAAGAAUUGGCCAAGUAUUUGAAUUUUCAAGUACCUUAUAAAAGGGGUAAUUUGUAUGAAAGUCUUGGCCAAGAAAAGGGGCUCCCACCACCUUCAGAAAUUGAACCUCCAAAACUAGAGCUCAAACGACUUCCAACUCAUCUAAGGUAUGAAUUUCUUGGAGAAAAUAGUACUUUACCUGUAAUUGUUAGUGCUGACCUUGAUGAUGAGCAGUGUACAAAGUUGCUAAGAGUUCUAAGGAAGCAUAAUAAGGCAAUGGGAUGA